AUGGCAGAAGCAGGCUAUGUAGAAAUUGUUUCAGCCCUUGAAGCAAGAAUUGCUGAGCAAGAUCUGCAAAUAAAUGAGCUAAAAAAAGAAUUGGAAGAAACAAAGCUUCAGCUUCUUGAGCAAGCUUUCACACAUGAAGUGCAUUCACCUCAGCCUCCCCAGAUUCCAGAAGGAUCUAAGCCAGAAAUCGAAAUUCCAAAAGCAGGGCAUGGAAGAGCGUUCAUGACCAAGUCUGUGAAAUUCUUUGCAAAAAUUGUUGGAGGAGUUGCAACCAUUGAGUUUCCUAAAGGAGCACAAAAACAAGAGUAAUUCUUAUAUAGUUCUGAAGCAGAAGCUCCUUCAUUGCUACGUGAAAUGACGAAAAAUAGCUUUUUGACACAUCAGUUUAAGGAGCUUGACCAAGCAAAACAGCAGAAACAAGAUUUAGAGAAUGAGAUUCAAAAUCAUGCAGAAAAAAUUAGACAGCAAUCUGAAGUGCAAGUCAAGGCUUUGCAAGACUCUUAUGCUCCUUUAUUAGAAAAAGAACAAGCCACAAUUUCAGAUCUGAUAAAAUCAAUUGGAAAAGAGCUUGAUGGAGCAAUAAUUUGUGAAAACGACUCAGAAAGAGCAUAUAUUGUCGACCACUUUGAUCAAAACACUUUACAAAUCAGCCUUCAGCAAGUCCUUGAUUAAGAUUAAGAUUAAGAUUACGCUGGGUAUUUAAGGUCCCUACUACGUCCGAGGUCGCAUGCCACGGUUUCCCGUGUGGGUGGCAGAGCGUUCACCAAGCCCGGGCCGAAACCCCGGUUUCUCGGUAGAGGUAUUGUCAAGGGCCGUCUCAUACCGGCUUUGCUGACCACCUCCAUUUCCAACUUGGAUCGUCGCCUAAGUUUACGCCAACUCCGCUUCGUCGUCCGCCAGAUCUACCCAUUGAAGGGCACCUUUUCAACUGGAGAGACCCCCGUUUUGUGUCUAACUCGCCUCCCCUCUUUUCCGGUCAUCCCGAGAAAGAACUCAACAGCUUUCGCCAUUCGGGGCGAGCCACUAAAGCAGCUUAGGCAGGUAAAUUCACCCUGCCUCAUUUCGGGCACUCACUGGGCUGAGCGCUGCUGGCAAAAAGAAGUCACGAAUAACUGCCCAUGGGUCUGGUCGCAAAAACAGCGGCUCUCGCGCUUAGUCCUCUCGCUUCGAGGUCCCAGACGUUGUUGGGCUAAUUCCUGGCUCCAAAAACCAUGCCCGGAUAUACAUGGGUAACCACCACUGAGAGGGUGGGUCGGUCGCCAUACGCCAUUUUAUGUAUAUAGCAAGUCCUUGAUAAAAACGGAAUUGCUCUCAAGGAGCCCAAGGCAAUCCAAAGAGAAUUCCAAAGUCUUGGCCCAGUCCACGCAAUGCACAGAAGUGAGAUUGACCAAUUUAUGCAGACCCUCCAAGAUAAAAUGAUCACAGUUCAAUACCAAAUAGUAGAAAUUGACGGAGAAGAAAAAAUGUGCUGUCCAAUUUACAUUACCCCAAAUUUUAUUUCCCUGCAAGAUUAUGAAAUUAGGUUUAACAAAAAUGAGGAAAAAAUAACUGACAUCGUUAACAAAGAAGACGGAAAUGUUAAGUUUGAAGCAAUCCAUGUCAGUGAAGAAUGUGGGCUUGUCAGAGAUACAAUUGUGGAGGUAUUUACUGCAGAAAUGAAUCCACACAUACUUAAUAUCAUCCAUUUGCACAUUGAUGACAUGAAAGAAGAGAUCCCUGUUGAAGCUGUUUAUAUUAUGGAUUCACAGUCUGCUGAUGAUUAUGGAGAUUGGAUUAGGGAUGCAAGAGGAAUUGAUUUGAGAUAUAAAAUACUUGUUAGGUCUGGAAAAAUUGAAGCUGUUUUAUAUAAUACGGGACAGACAACUGAAAAGCUGCACUUUAUUGAAAGAAGGCUGAAGGUAGGAGACUAUGUCCAAAUACAUGAGAAUGCAGUAGCGCAAGUUACUUUAAUACCUUAUGGACUGCUUGCUAGAGAUUGGACCGCUAAAAAUGCAGAACUGCCAGAUAUUUUUAACCAUUUGAGCCCAAGUUCUUAUUGCAUGAAAAGACAUGUUGAGGACACUCCAGGCUAUAUCAAUGUCAAGCUGAUUUUAGAGAAUGGGGAUACUGUGGAAAAUCAAAGAGAAAUGUCAUAUCCAUAAUAUAUUUAAAAUCGAGUCUCAAAUAGAUAUACGCUCCUAACUCCUGUAGUUGGUGAUUGAUAAGGGGCGGAAAAGCUUGAAGAUGGGAUUAUAUACGUGAUUUUGUUUUCCUCAAUAUAGGAGUGUUAGCAACGCUGGGCUGAUAAGCAAAAAAUCUAAAACUGAGAUUGUCUUUUCCUCAUGGAUAUGCGGCACACGAAGAAGAAAAGGGAUAUCUUGCAAUAAUAGGACAUAUAUUAGGCCAAUCUGACUUUUAAAAGAAAAAAAUUGAUUUAAAAUUCUAAGGAAAUAUAAAAAGUCAACAUUAAAUUUAAAAAAUUUAUCUUAAUCUCCUAUUUGUCAGUUUUAAAUUUGGCUUUUAGUAUUUUCUUCAGAAAUCAAUAAGGAGUCAGACGCUAUACUUACUGAGCUCGAUGCCAUGCUUUGCAUCUUGAGCUUUGAAUUUCAUUUUUAGGGAAGGAAGCACAAGCCCUUAUUCAGAAGAAGCAGCACAUAUAAGGCCGUGCAUAGACUGAUAAGCAAUUAGCAGAUCAAAGCGAAAGGGAAUAUGAGUUUAAAGAUUCUAACAUUAAGGUUCUCUGAUCAUCUAACUUAAUGCUAAUGUUGAUAUCAUAUCCGAUAUGCCAAUGUGGAGAACUCGGAGAUUUUGAAAAAAUUCAGCUUAUGUCUCUGUUUGAAUUCAUUGAAUCUAAGAAAAAAGGCAAUAUAGAAGAAACAUUAAGAACUUUACAAGGGAUGACUGAAGACUACAGACACUCAAGAUAUACAGACAAAAGAGAAUUUUUAGACCAAAUCAGCAAGCUAACUCAAAAAGCAAGAGAAGGACUUGCAAAUGAUGAAGGACUAAGACCGCUAUGGGGAGAAUUAAUUCAAAACGCAGAUAGGAUAGUUAGAACUUUAGCAACAGAAAUAAGAUUUGGAGCCUUCUAA